GACAACGUCUUCGACGAGACGUCCACGACGAAGGACGUGUACGCGAAGACGACGAAGGGGAUCAUCGACUCGGUCGUCGGCGGGUUUAACGGCACCGUGUUCGCGUACGGACAGACGUCCUCGGGGAAGACGCACACGAUGCAAGGGUGCGAGGGCGAGCCGGGGAUCAUCCCGCUCGCGGUGAAAGACGUCUUCGAGGCGAUCGAGGCGAGCGAGGGGCGGGAGUUCUUGGUGCGCGUGUCGUACUUGGAGAUUUACAACGAGCAGAUGAUGGAUCUGCUGUCGAAAGAGUCCCGGCUGCAGAUCAAGGAAGACCCCGACCGCGGCGUGUACGUCAGCGGCCUGAAAGAGGAGAUCGUCACCUCCCCGACGCAAGUGUUGUCGCUCAUAGAGAAGGGCGUCGCGAGGCGGCACGUCGGAGAGACAAACAUGAACGCGGCGUCGUCGCGGUCGCACACCAUCUUCCGCAUGGUCGUCGAGUCGCGGGCCACGGACGCCGCGCCCUCGGACACGCGAGACGCGGUCCUCGUCGCGACGUUGAACCUCGUCGACCUCGCCGGAAGCGAGCGCGUUUUGAAGACGGGCGCGGAGGGGACGCGGCUGAAGGAGGGGGCGAACAUCAACAAGUCGCUGCUUCAUCUCGGACGCGUCAUCAACCUCCUCGCGGAGAGCAGCGGGGACAAGUCCACGGGGCACAUUCCGUUCCGGGACAGCAAACUCACGCGCAUACUCGAGCCCGCGCUGGGGGGCAACAGCAAGACCGCGGUCGUGUGCAACGUCACCCCCGCGGCGACGCACGCGGAGGAGACGCACUCGACGCUGCGAUUCGCGAUGCGCGCGAAACGCAUCACGAACAACGCCACCGUCAACGAGGUCGUGUCCGAGAGCGCGCUCAUCAAGCGCCAGCAGCGCGAGAUCGAGGAGCUCAGGAAGAAGCUCGGGGGCGAGGGCGGCGGGUCCGUGUCGAACGACGAGAUCAACGCGCUUCGACGCGAGAUGCUCGAGGCGGAGCUCGAACGCGAGCGACUGGCGAACGAGCUCGAGCAAGAACGCGAGGAGCGGGAUAAAGCGCAGAGGGAAGCGAGCGCGAAGAUCGAUAACCUCACGAAGCUCGUCCUUCGAACGGACGCGGACGCGGAGGAGGAGAAG